GAUCCGGUUCGUUUCGAUCAACUCUCCCUUAACAAACCCUCGAACACUCUGCACGCACAAUUGUUGCCCUUCAUUUGCUGCUCCUUGUCCAUGGCGACUACAGGAUUCCAUUGGGCCCGCCCCACAUUCGGUACUCCGGUAGGAGCGGCAGCAAAACCCUUCCUGGCCUCCCGUUGCUCCUCCACUCGCGUCCUAGCCUUCCGCCGAAGCGACCUCAAUUCGUUCGCCCAGCGAGUGGCCUCCGGCGAGGUCCUGCGGGACGCGUGGCGGAGCGCCAACAAUGGGAUCGAGCAGUUUGCUUCGGAGGCUCGACGCACAGCCGAACGUCUCGACCGUCAAUACUCACUCUCUCGCCGAUUCGACUCCGCUACCCGCGCAGCUGUCGCACGAGCACGGGAGAUCGAUCAGGAUCUGGGUAUUGGGCGGCGGUGGAGGUCAUUCUCCGUGGACUUCUCUAGAAAUUGGCCUAGGUACAGGAGAGAGCUCAAUAAUUUUCUACAAACACCACUUGGAAGAGGACUUGCCACUGUCUUCUUUUGUUGGUUUGCAUUGUCUGGAUGGCUGUUCAGAUUUUUUAUCCUUGCUACAUGGAUCUUACCAUUUGCUGCUCCUCUUCUCAUGGGAACACUUGCUAACAAUUUUGCUAUUCAGGGUACAUGUCCUGCUUGCAAGAGGAAGUUCAUGGGCUCCCGAUUCCAGAUGAUUCGUUGCACAGGCUGUGGCAACAUUGUAUGGCAGCCUAAAGACAACUCCUCUAGCGGUCGUUGGAAUCCUUCCUCUAAAGCGUCUGAGCAGGACGUUAUUGACAUAGAAAUUGAGGAGAAAUAGUGGUCAUUAUGCUAUAAAACAAGGCAUGUCCUUCAUUUGAAAUGUUCUUUGCACCAAAGUGUUUUGUACAUGCAAUUUACAAGAAGAUUGAGGCAUGAUCUUACAAUUCAUGUAAUGUAAAAUGUCGUGAGUUUUAGAACGGUCAUCUCUUUUUGCUCGAUGCGCAGAUGCCAUGUAUUUGUAGAGUUAAAAGGUUUCAUUUGAUUGGUUUCCCUAUAUUUAAAUAUUCAA